UUAGCUGCUGAGCUUCGUAUUUUGUUUAAUAGGAAGAUAAAAAGGGAUUUCUUUUUGGAUUUACGAAAAUAAAAGUCGGUUGUUUUUUAUUUUGACAAAUCAUGUAAUGUGGUCAUGUUCAGCAGGGUAGUGUUGUUUAAUGUAUCAUUCGCACCGGGCAUCGGCCGUCGGAUUCCUUUAAAGUUGCAGUUUCUGAGAAGGACGGAGUUUCGUUUCGCGGAGUUCCCCUGCUCGCUCCAGUAAACGCAAACCAGGAAACGUUUAUACGUUCAUUAUAUUGGAACACGGUGCUUAUCGGCACCACUUCGUCAACUGACAUGUCAGCUGCUGUUCGUACCUUUAUCCUGACAAUUUCCACCGUAAUCAGACCGACAGUUGUAUCAGGAGUCCUGAGUCCACCCACAAAUGUCCGCUUGACCUCCUACGACAUGAAUCUGUUGCUGGUAUGGGAUUCACCUAAAGGUGCAGCCAGCGGCCUCGUCUACACAACGGAGUACAAAGGCUACAGCCCAGGGUACAGUGUGGGCUGUGUGAACAUCUCCAGCCUUGAAUGUGACUUGACCCGCCUCUCCAGCUCCAUAUCUGAGUAUGGAAAGUAUACUGGCAGAGUGCGGGCGCAGUUGGGAACACAGAGCUCUGCCUGGAUGGAAAGUAACCAGAUUACCUUGGACCAAGAUUCCAUAAUCAGUUCUCCCAACGUCUCUCUCUUCUCCAACGGGGCUGCUAUUGAAGUCAGCAUUACCGAUCCUGUGUUCACAAUCUCUGCACUCAGGAAGGUUUACCACUCUGCCACAUACAACAUCACCUACUGGAAGGAUGGCCAGAGAGAGCAGGCAAGAAGCAUGAGCAACAUACAUCAGAAUCGAGUCGUUCUGAGUGACCUGGACCCUUGGACUGUGUACUGCGUCCAAGUCCAAAUCAACAUUGAGUGGAGUCUCAAUCCCAGCAAGCCCAACACAGCUGUUUGUGAGAGUACCACAACCGAAGAGGCUCCUUGGGUGGCAGCCAUGGUGACGUUCGGCAUCGUGGCAGUGACAGUGGCUCUGCUGGUGGUCGCAGUGGUGUAUCGGAAACCUAUUACCCACGUUCUCUGUCCAAAGGAUUUACUGCCUCCGCACUUCAAAAAGUACCUACUGGCAAAGCCCAACUCGUCCAUGUACCUAGCCAUGUGUAACUCCCGUCAACCCGACGAGAUCUACGACCAGGUCAUUUUCAUCGCAGGUGGCAGGACUGUGGAGGAAGGGCAGCCGCUGGAGGCAUCAGGGAGAAGUUGCAGCAAACAGCCUGACAGCACAGAGACAGAUACAUAGAGAAACAAGUAAAGGAUCCGUUCUUGCUUUACUUUAACCAAUUCUGUAGCAGGUCCAUGUAGGUCCCCAGAGCACUGUGAAGUGAUGAGAUGUCACAAAUACUGCUAUGUUAAUAGCAGUAUUGCAAAAGGAACAAAGCGCAGUAUAUUGGAGCUGCUGUCACUGAAAUGAUUUACACUGCCCUGGUGCUAGAACCACACAUAUAAUUCUUGAUUAUCAAAAGAAUUUUAAAAAUGGCAGUCUGCCAUUCAUGGUUCAUCACUUUGGAUUAAGCAUACAAUGUUUUACUUUUACCAUUGUUGAGAAAUUAAGGUUUUCCUGAUAAAAAUACAUUUAGCCUUGGUGACCAGCCAGCCAAAAAAGAAAAAUAGGCAACGUAAAGGAAAGGAAGCCAGCAGCGCCGGCAGUUGUUAAGAGUCACAUGACUCAGACAAAGAUGUUUCGUGAGCACCACGUUGUCCCGUUUUGACGUGAGGAACGUCGGAUUGUGUAUGUCUGUGAGUGUAGUAUAGUUCUGACGUUAAAACAAAUACUGUUCAAUUUUCUGAUUUGUAUUUUUCAUAAAUUAUUAUGAUGUUCAAGGAGCUACCUGUAUUUUUGAAAUGUAAAUUAGCAGUUUUGUUUUAGAAUAAAGGGUUGGAAAAGAAA